GGGCCCCCGGGCAAUAGGGGAUCAUGGGGGCCCCAGUGUUCUUGCCCAAACUCAAAAAAGCCUAUGAAAAAGGUACCAGGGGCAUUUCAUGGGGCCCCCUACUGACCCCGGGCCCUCGGACAAAGUGCCAACCAUUUAGCCACUGUGCUGCCCAAAUGAUCAGUAAAAAUUGUAUGACCAUGUCAGGGGCGGACUGACAACUCAUGGGGCCCCGGGCAAUAGGGGAUCAUGGGGCCCCUGUGUCCUUGCCCAAACUCAAAAAAGCCUAUGAAAAAGGUACCAGGGGCAUCUUAUGGGGCCCCUAAUGACCCAGGGCCCUCGGGCAGUGCCCGAGUUUCCAAAUGGUCAGUCCGCCCCUGGACC